CGCUCGUCUUACUCUCUUUCCCUAUCCAUAUUCUCCUCUCCGUACUCUCUUUCCCGUACAUUCGGUCAUUCUCAGUCACAAUGGGCUCCGUCGCACCCAAGAACAACUUCCUCUUCACCUCCGAGUCGGUGGGUGAGGGUCACCCCGAUAAGAUGGCUGACCAGGUGUCCGAUGCCAUUCUCGACGCCUGCUUAGCUGAGGACCCUCUCUCCAAGGUUGCUUGUGAGACUGCCACCAAGACUGGUAUGGUUAUGGUUUUCGGUGAAAUCACCACCAAGGCCAACCUUGAUUACCAGAAAAUCAUCCGUGGCGCCAUCAAGGACAUUGGCUUCGACUCCUCCGACAAGGGUUUCGACUACAAGACCUGCAAUGUCUUGGUUGCCAUUGAGCAGCAGUCUCCUGACAUUGCUCAGGGUCUUCACUACGAUGAAGCCCUCGAGAAGCUCGGUGCUGGUGACCAGGGUAUCAUGUUCGGUUAUGCUUCCGACGAGACCCCUGAGCUCCUGCCCUUGACCAUCUUGCUGUCUCACAAGCUCAACCACGCCAUGAAGGAGGCCCGUCUUGACGGCACCAUCCCCUGGGUUCUCCCUGACACCAAGACCCAGGUCACCAUCGAGUACGCCCACGACAACGGUGCUGUCAAGCCCGUGCGUGUGGACACUGUUGUCAUCUCCGCCCAGCACUCUGACGAUGUCUCCACCGAGGAGAUCCGUGCUACCCUCAAGGAGAAGGUCAUCAAGAAGGUCAUCCCCAACGAGCUCCUCGAUGACCGCACCGUCUACCACUUGCAGCCCUCUGGCCGCUUCGUCAUCGGUGGUCCCCAGGGUGACGCCGGUCUGACCGGCCGUAAAAUCAUCGUCGACACCUACGGUGGCUGGGGUGCUCACGGUGGUGGUGCUUUCUCCGGCAAGGACUACUCCAAGGUCGACCGUUCCGCCGCUUACGUCGCCCGUUGGAUCGCCAAGUCUCUCGUCAGCGCUAAGCUCGCUCGUCGUGCCCUUGUCCAGCUCUCGUACGCCAUUGGUGUCGCUGACCCUCUCUCGAUCUUUGUUGAGACCUACGGUACCUCCGACAAGUCCUCGGAGGAGCUGGUCGACAUCAUCCGCAACAACUUCGACCUGCGUCCCGGUGUCAUUGUCAAGGAGCUUGACCUUGCCAAGCCCAUCUACGCCGCGACCGCCAGGAACGGUCACUUCACCAACCAGGAGUUCUCCUGGGAGAAGCCCAAGGCUCUCAAGUUCUAAGCGUGUGCCACUUAAUCUGAGUGUGGCCGCGUAAAAAGAACUGUACUUUUUAAUACCUGCCAUUUUUUUCUUUCUUUCACGAAUGUGAUGAUGUAAUUUUUUACGCUUUGUUUUCAACAACUCAAAGCACGGUUAUAGACAUAUAAAAAGCCUUGUCUUGGAUUUUAUGUUGUCUGUUUUUUGUGAGUUGUAUUUUCUUUUGUUUGUUUGCAUUGUUAUCUUUGCAACGAGAUGGGUUUGGCGAAGAUGAAUUCAACAUGAUACCACUGGCAUUGGAUGGGAAGGGAUGUUUCGGCGUUUCUAGGAGCGACUGUC